AUGGCUACCAUGAACAAUGUGGCUGAAGCAGUGUGUGAGGCUGCGGUAGUAGCGGCUAGGGCUGUUAAACGUCUUGGAGUGAGAAACGGGAAUGAGAAUGAAUAUGGAGAAGAUAGUGGGAAUGAUGAGAAUAACUUGGGGCAUCUUGAAAGAACUAUGACCCUUGCGACCUUUCUGAAGGUUAAACCGCCUAAGUUUAAUGGCACACUCGUUGCGACCGACGAUGAUAACUGGUUUCGAGGUAUCGAACGAUCACUGCGAGCGCAACAUGUUCCGGAAGGUCAACACGUGGAGUUCGUUACUUAUAUGCUGGAAGGAGAAGCUGCGUAUUGGUGGCAGGGAAUACAGCGAUUAUUGCAACAGGAUGAAGGCGAUAUUCCUUGGGAUACUUUUAAGGAUGAAUUUUAUAAGAAGUAUUUUCCGAGGGCAGCUCGUGACGCUAAGGAAAUGGAACUUAUGCAACUGAAACAGGGUAACACAACUGUUGCAGAAUAUGCCCGUAAGUUUGAUGACUUGUCCCGUUUCUCCAAGAUCUGUCAAGGGAAUCCUGCUGACUUUGAAGAAUAA